AUGGCACGCUCACAGGAAAUUAUCGAACCAGUAAUUAAUCUUUCAUUGACUCCUAAUGUCAUUGUUGAAGUUGUUUUGGAAGCGUUUAAAUUUAUGACAGCGAAAUUCAUGAGCAAAUCGACAUUUGUGAAUUGCUACAACAGAUAUAGUAUUAGGACAGAUAUUCGUUCGUACUCAUCGAUGCCCAUAAGUUCUUCUAUUUAUCAUCUUGCAAGAUAUCUGGAAAUGCAAAAGAAAACUAGGAUAAUUAUAAGUGUAAUAGGUGAUGAAAUCAGAAUACAACAGUGGAUCAAUUUAAGCGUGAGGCGAUAUCCUGCUCCAAUGGCAUAUCGACAACUUCAAAUGCCAACGAAAUUUUAA